CUUCCGCGCGCCACCGCAAACGUCAGUGUCGGGCGCAGAACGCGGCAGUGCGGCUUGCUCUUGGAAGUUCAGGCUCGGUUGUCUUUUGGGAGCCAUGGAGAGUGACUUUUAUCUGCGUUACUACGUGGGACACAAGGGCAAGUUCGGCCACGAGUUCCUGGAGUUUGAGUUCCGACCGGACGGGAAGUUAAGAUAUGCCAACAACAGCAAUUACAAGAAUGAUGUCAUGAUCAGAAAAGAGGCUUAUGUACAUAAAAGCGUGAUGGAGGAACUGAAGAGAAUAAUUGAUGACAGUGAAAUUACCAAAGAGGAUGAUGCACUGUGGCCUCCUCCUGACCGAGUGGGCCGGCAGGAGCUUGAAAUCGUCAUUGGAGAUGAACACAUUUCUUUUACAACAUCAAAAAUUGGUUCCCUUAUUGAUGUCAAUCAAUCCAAGGAUCCAGAAGGCUUACGAGUAUUUUAUUAUCUUGUCCAGGACCUGAAGUGUUUGGUCUUCAGUCUUAUUGGAUUACACUUCAAGAUUAAACCAAUCUAGAUUGAAUAUUGGUGUGGACAGGGGGUUGGGGGGGGUGGGUGGGAGUAGAAAAUUUUGUGUAUAUCAGGGCAGUAUUUUUUUAUAAACUAUAAAUGAUUGUCUUUAAUAAAUAUGUGAUAAAAUCCAAUUUUUAUUAUUUUAUAAAGACCUGAAC